AUGGCUACAAACGCGCAAGGACUGAAUUCUCUUGCCACAAUCAUCAAGAGGCUUGAGGCAGCGACUUCCCGACUUGAGGAUAUGCACUCGCCCAAAACUCGGCUACUAAUUGCACCUGCACCUCCGGCUCCACCCGUUGAAGAUUCCCAGAGCGUCAAGGCUUUUGAUGAACUGGUUAUCACGGGCAAGCUCGAACCAUUCCUCAAGGUUGCUGGGGAGAUUGGCGGUCCUGUAAAGGAGCAGUCUGACAUAGUGGGAAAUCUCUUCCAAAAUCUUCGUGGCCUGAUCCAAUGUGCUGCAGCGUCAGCGAAGCCAUCCGACGCGACAUUCAUGUCUAUGCUUGGACCCCUUCAAUCUCAAAUCACAGCUGUCAACAGUGUCAAGGAUAAAUAUAGAAAAGAGCGGGAGUUAGGAAACCACUUUUCUACCUUAUCUGAAGGUGUUCCUGCGGUUGGAUGGGUCACAGUGUCACCGAAACCUGCUCCUUAUGUAGGAGACAUGCGGGAUUCAGCAACCUUUUAUGCGAACCGCGUCUUGAAGGACUUCAAGGAUAAGGAUCAGAAACAUGCCGAGUGGGCGCGUGGCUUUCUUGCGUUGCUGGAUGAACUCAAGAAGUAUGGGGGUGAUGCUGCGCAGUUCAAGAGUGCAUCUGCACCUGCUGCAGGAGGGGCACCGCCGCCACCGCCACCUCCGCCACCCCCCGCGGGAGUACCUCCUCCGCCACCUCCAGCUACUUCCGCACCCGCUCCAGCUGUUCCGGAUACAUCGGCGGUAUUUGCCCAGAUCAACCAAGGCGCAGACAUUACCAAGGGGUUGCGCAAAGUUAACAAAGAUGAAAUGACACACAAGAAUCCUGCUCUACGUGCAUCAGGCACCGUUCCAACUACAUCUGGCGCGGGUGCAAGAAGACCAUCCAAACCUGCCAAACCUGCGGCCUUGCAGACCAAGAAGCCCCCCAAGAUGGAAUUGAGUGGUAACAAAUGGUCAAUUGUAGGAGCUUUUGAUCCUUCGACUGCCGAUUUACUGACUCUGAUCAAAGGGAAGGUCAACGGAGUCGUACUUUUUAACUGCAAGAAGACCUCUGUCCUAAUUGAGUCGCUUGUUGCCGGCCUUUCGAUUACAUCCUCCCCUUCGUUCACCGUCCAGAUAACCGGAGUCUCGCCCACUAUCCAGAUAGACAACAGCGAUUCUGGUCAGAUUUAUCUAUCAAAGGAGUGCCUAGGAGUCGAAAUUAUCACAGCCAAAUGCAGUGCAAUCAACCAAGAUGCCUAUUACUCGCAACAUCCACAAAUGGGGAGUGACGGGAGGUACCUAGGGGUUGAAACCGUGUCACCACUAAACGAACCAUGGGUUGGAGGAUUUCAAGCACAAGGCCAAAUGCCUCACGCGCAAGUACAAGGAAAUGUACCGAUACCCCCAUAUCAUUCACAGAGCGGCUUCCCAGAGCCAGGCCAUCGUCCCCCAGCAUGGAUACCUGAUGUGAAAAUUCCUGGUGACACAUAUACGGAUCACGCACAUUAUCCGGGGCCUAGCCCUUACUCUGCCCCACCGUUGAGUGCGGUCGAGCGUUCCAAUGCACUCGGCGGGCCUCCUCGAAUGGACCCACACCUACAAAUGAUGUGUGGGCCAUUGUUGAGAUAUGAUACUGUAGACGAUCACGGAAUCUGGCACGGUCCAAAUGAAAUGGGCGUGCGAUAUCGGCUUAAUAUGGGCCAGGAGCUUGAGUUCUUCAUUCCAGGGCAGAAUCAAAAUAUGAGAUGGGCUGCUCACUCAUGUAAUGGUUUCAGCGCGGGUGUCAAUCAGGAUGACUUUCGUGGACCUGGUCAUGCCACUGGGUAUGAUCCAUUAUGGAAGGAUUUGCUUGACAAGCACGCAGAGAGACCGUUUCAUGCUUUGGUUGGAGGAGGCGAUCAACUGUAUUGUGAUGCGAUGAUGCGUGAACCGGAGCUACAACCUUACAUUGCUCUCAAGACUCCAAAGGAGAAGGUUUCUGCACCACUUACGGAUGACGUUGCUUUCGCUAUCGAUCGCCAUUACUGCCUCGAGUUUCGGAGGGGCAUGUUUUCUAAAGCGAAUAGCUCUAUACCCAUGGUCAAUAUGUUAGAUGAUCACGACCUCAUUGAUGGAUUUGGGAGUUAUCCUGAUGAUCUUCAAUUAUCACCUAUAUUUAGACACAUUGGCUCAAGGGGCUAUUUCUUUUAUCUGUUGUUCCAGUGCUUCACAGUUGCCGGGUGGAUGGUAUCGACCCAAAGCCUGGAGCCCAUACAUUCAAAUCAACAAUCAUCGGAGGAGACGAUGAGAAUGCUUUUAUUGGAUUGCCGAGCCGAACGAAAGAAAGAGCUUGUAUGCAGUCAAAUUACCUACGAUCGAAUAUUUUGGCAUUUGCAUCAGCUGCCCCAGCAAGUAGAGCACGUAAUAAUUCAACUUGGUAUUCCUAUUGCGUAUCCAAGAAUGAACUUCCUCGAAACUGCAUUGGAGUCCAAACUUAACCCUUUUACAGCCCUUGCUCAAAAAGGCUCUUUAGGCUUGUCAGGAUUUGUAAACAAAUUUAACAAAGAUCCGGAACUUCUCGAUGAUUUAAAUGAUCACUGGACAGCCAAAAGCCAUAAGCGAGAACGAAACUGGUUUGUGGAGCAAGUGCAAGCGUUAGCAAAGGCAAAGCGCAUACGGGUAACGUUCCUGAGCGGGGACGUGCACUGCGCUGCCGUUGGAUAUUUCAAGACGUUGGUCCGGGGCGGCGGCAAAGGACAUGCUCUCGACCCACUCGCUGACCAUCGUUACAUGCUGAAUGUUGUAACCAGUGCGAUUGUAAAUACACCACCGCCGGUCGGGGUACUAACCAUGGUGGGCAUGCUUGCGGACCGCCCUCACAAAACGAUGCACUACUGUGAUACCGACGAAUCGAUGAUACCCUUGUUCCGAACAGACACAGAUGGUACACCACUGAAGCAGCCCUACAUUAUGGGCAGGAGAAAUUACACCAGCGUUGAGCUGGAUGAUCAAACGGGAAACCUUAACUUCGAUAUUAGAAUCGAAAGGGUAAAAGGUUCGGGAGACACCGUUAGUUAUCCUGUCAUAGCACCUCCCCCACGUUGGGUAUGA